CACCACUUAAAGUAAACAAACUGCUUCUUUAGGUUUUGUUCGGCAGGCCAAAGUCACUUUUAUCGGCGCGUAACAUACGUACGUACCUUGGUAUGUGAGCAUUGCAUCAAUUUGCAUGUCUGCAUGUUGCAUGCUAUCUUUAUAUCCUCUUUUCGUCUCUUAUCAACAGCACACCAACAAUUGAAUGCCAUGAUUCUACUUAUCUAGUAGUAGUAGAUACUUAGUUAAUGGUUGAUAUAUACCCUUUGCUAAUUCCCGAUUGUUCAUGGAUGACACACCAUCGUCACCCGACCCGCUCGGGGACGAACCCCCAAGCUCGGCGCUUCCAGUCACACGCCGAACCGAUCAUACCCUUCCACACCACGACUUUUCGAUGCCGAGAAGCUCGCCGAGAAAGAGCUCACCCAUAAGGACAUCUCCUAGAAAGCGAACCUUUGAGCUUGACGUCGGCAAUGAACUCUCGCCUCAGAAGAUACUCGUUACUGUCGAAGCGGAAGAAGCGUUGAGGAGGGGCAUAGGUCGCAAAUUAUUUCAAUCAUCCUCACCCAUACGGCAGAAUCGUCAGGCGGAAGCUAUCACCACCACCACGGUGCCGUUGAACGAUGAGAUAGAGAAUGAAGCUACACCGCGUCGACGCGGCCGGCCGCGACGGACGAGCAAUGGCACCCCCAUGCCAAAGGGAAAGAAGAGAGCGGGCACACCUCUGCAGAAGUCAGCGAAGUCGACGCGACGGAAAGGCGACCCGGAAUCCGAGGCGAGCGCGUAUAAUGACACUCCGAUAGAGCCUAUGGCAGCCCCAGCAGCAUCGAAGCCGAAGACGAGAGCUCGGAAGACGCCGCAGAAGACGGCUACCACCCAGGCCGUUCCAUCGUCACAAGUUUCUACUAUUGGAGGAUCGAAGAGGAAGCGUGGGCGCCCACGAAAAGCCAUGAUGCCGGAUGAGGUUGCUAUCCUUGCCGAUACGAUCGAUCAAUCUGCUGGCAAUAUAGCGAAUCCUAGCACUCUUCGGUCAGUCCAAGAAGACGUGGAGAACUUGCCACCAUUAGCGUCGGACACAAUCCUCGACUUCCUCGAGGAGGAGGCAGGCCGACAAGACACGCCUCGCGGGAAUAGAGGGAACAGAGAGAACUUUCUAGAUGAGAUGGGCAGUGAUAGGGAUAGGACCCCGAGGCCAGGGAAUAUAUCUAGCCCACAUGAAGCAGAUCGCACGUCUUACCAAGACAGGCUGGACGACAAUCAGGAUUUAGGCAUGAGUGAAGAUUAUCCACCAUUGCCAGAGCCUCAGAGCGAUGUAGAGUCCGACUUCGGGGAUGAUCAUAAUAUACCUGGUAGCGGACAAGACACGCACGCGUCUGACUUUAGCAUGAUAGCUGUCGAAUCACUCCCCUCGUUCCAAGCGAAUAGAAGCGCCUUUCCAUCCGAUCCUCCUGAGAUGGGCGAUGAGACGAAUAUGAUUAUUAAUCAAACUUUGGAGUCAUUGCGCAGAAGUACUCAGACGGAAGGGGAAUAUCAGUCGCCAGGACAACUAAACAGGGACAACUCACACGCAGACGAAGGUCGCUCGGGAACACACUAUAGCUUAUUGGCAAACCCAAGUUUAAUGAGGCGGUCGAAAAGUCCAAGAAGACAGAAACCACUCCCUUUGAGCCGCCAAGUCUUUGCUGGCAAAGCAUCUCAGGGAGACAAUUCUUUUUCGAGCAGCAUCCAAGGCAGUACUCUCCGCUCAGCGACACCAAAGCGAUUUUCUAUGAUGCCAAGGCAGGCUGAGACCCAACACGAAGAUGUUGAAGCAGCUGAAGGAUAUGAAGAUUCGUUUUCCGAGAUACCUGAGGCGAUUCUUGAUGCUGCCACUCCGAGGCCUCCGGCACGUACGACAACGCAUCUGGAGGGUGAGACUUCCCAAGGCCAGGCAAGCACUGAAAGUAGGAACGCCGGACCGGGUUUCGAGUCAAACAGACUGCCAACCCCUGAUGAUACGUCUUCCUCGAUCGCUGGCUCUAAAAGGGCUCAAGAAGAUGAUAUCGGCACAUCUUCAAGACCUCAAUCCGCCGCCGCCGCCGCCGCCCCCCCGCCGAACUCGGGCUUCCAAUCAUCACCCCCUAUUAUCAAUCGGCCACGAGCUAUGGACUUUGGGCCGUCUCAACUAGACCAAGAGAUAAGAAACACACCAGGACUUCGAGACUCUUCUCCUCGGUUACCGCCUUCUAGCAAAGGGCCUGUAGAACCAACCCGAUCCUUAGAGCCUCCUCAAACUAGUAGGCCGUCUCUCUCGCCAAUUGUGCGGGUUGGGCGGACUCUUCAGAAUGUCAUGUCCGACAGGCCAUCCCCUGAACCCCGCGAAGGCAGUCUCGGGAGCCCAUUUAGAGGGGCCGCCAAUGAUUCUUCGCGACAAUUCACUUCAGAUCAAUCUGGACCAGUAUCUAUGCCUGACUCACCCACGCCAGCAACAGAUCAUGGUAUCCCUACCCAGUUCAACCCUCGAUCCGCACUCAGAAUACCGCCUACUCUCAUUCAAAGUGCGAGAUCCAACUUAUCUCGUGGUCAGCCAACAGCUCAAAGUAAUGCCAUAGGCGCCGUCUCAAAUCCCUUUGGCCCAAAUAUCAACGGCCGUUUGGAACCUGAAGCACCGAGAAGACCGUCCUAUGACGCUGGCGAAACAUCCCAUGCUAGCCGAUCAGCCUUUAAUCCAUCGGUGGCUAGUUCGGCCAGAGGAAUGCCAUCGAGUGAUAAUGAAGUGAUGAGUUGGCCCGCAGAUAGCGAUAAUCGCCAGGAAGAAUUGGAUCAAAUACCAAAUACGCAGCCGAUGCGUUCGCAAAACUCGGGCUUUUUUGGUACUCGCCGUUCCAGUGUCAGUCAAGCGCCAGAUGCCAACUUCGAAAUCGGCGGAGAACGUGAUAUGACAGAAGAGCAGCAACAUGAAAUGGAGGCAGACGACAACAAUGAGUUGCCGAGUUUUGAAGAGGAUGAUGACCUAUGGGACAUCGAGGCUUCACGGCCAACCCCCAAAGCACGGGACGCAACAAGAAGCUCGCGGCAGCCAGAGGACCCACGCACUCGCCGAAUCAAAGUCCCAAGUCCCUGGAAAAGAACUAGCAGGAGACUGAUUUAUAGGGAGGAUAUUGCAAGCCCUUCUCAAAUAGAGAUUGGGGAGAGCCCGCAAAGCGAUGCGGAGGGUGCCCCAUCACGCCGCAAGCCACGGGCUUCGGAUGCUUCGAUGAUACUGAGAAGGGAAUCUGGGUUUAUGAGCAUGGCUGAUCGCUCGUCUCCUCAACCUGAAGAUGAAGAACUCGAAAUUCUACUCGAUAGCCAGGAUCCUAGAUCCGAAGCUUAUAUGCAGGAUCCACGAUCCGAAGCCGAAGCCGAAGCCGAUCCAGGACCUGGGCCUGAAAGUGAGGAUUUGGGGUCUCAGUUAGAUCUAGGAUCUCAAGUAGAUCUUCCGGGAAAGCCAACUGCAACUGCGGAAACUUCCGAGUAUUCAAUGCUAGCUCGACAGCCCCAGGAAGCCCCCAGUACUCAAAAGAAGCCUGGUUCUGCCAAGUCCCGGCUUUUUGGCGGGUUCGAUAUCAUGUCUUUCUUCUCAUCCCCAGCCACGCUACCUACGAAGGUCACGGAAACUAAACAAGCCAACACAAGCCGUAAUCUCGACAAGGCCUCACAAUCUACCCUUCAGCAACCACAGCUCAAGAGAUUGGAAGAGGCGCCACCGCCGCCACCACAGCCCAAGGAACCGCAACGAUCUAUUUGGUCUACGGGACUGUUUUCUUCCAUGGCUCAAAAUAACCCUCCGCCUAGCUCGGAAAGACGGUCCAGUGUCUUGUCACCGGUGGGUGACUUACCGCCGCAUGACCCGGAGCCAGAGUCCGACGAAGGAUCAUCACUUUCGCCAGCCCCAUCCUAUUCACCUGAACCUGAAGAGCCUGAUUCGCCAGAGCCGGAAUACUCUGAACCUGAAGAGCCUGAAUCACCGGAGCCGGAGCCGGAGCCGGAGCACUCUGAUUCCCCAGAAUAUCCUCCAUCUAAUUCGCCCGAACCUGCUUCUCCGGAACCAGCGGAGCCGUCACCUCAACCAACUGAACCGUCGCCUCAACCUUCAACCCCUGAGCGUCAAGUUUAUCCACCUAUUGAACAGAAGCAAAAUUUCACGCCACUACCAGGUCAAUCCGGUGACUCUCUUUUUAGACGUGGACCAUCCGUUGCCAGUAGUCAGCACGAUGACGCCGAUGCUCAACCCCGAAGUGACGAACUACAAGAAUCUUCGAUCAUGACGGACGGCACAGAUUAUGAGCGCUUGCCUCCGAGGGAAAAGCCAUCCCGGUGGGAUAGGACACUCUCGCCAGCCAAGUCGUGCUUCCGUUCUCCACUAAAACCGACCACACCCGGACGUGUUGUGGCUUUUACUGGCGGUCCACUUUCUCCUAUUCAGGCACAGGCUCAGGCUCCUACUAUACAGGCGCAAGCUCAGGCCGAACAUCAAAUUACCGGUAGUCAAAGGGGUGGUGGCAUCGUUUUCCAUCGCCCUCCUCUCUUUGAGCCCCUUCACCCUGCUCCCGAAGUUCGGGAAACCGAAACGGUAGUGUCUACGUCGAAACUCUCUAACGCCACAGCUCGUCGCAAUAGUAUCGUUGAAGCGGCUACGACGAUUGGGGCGCGUGCGAGACAAGCAUUAAAUAGUUUUGCAAAUAUUAGGCCGGCCGUGAGGUUACCACCACCCAUUUCUUCACACCACGAAACAAACACGGCUCCUACUAUUACUACCUCUACCUCUACCUCUACCUCUACCUCUACCUCUACCUCUACCAACGCCCCUACAAGACUCUCGCCUAAAAUAGCAGCACGUCGGGCAGAGCGGGCCCUAUCAUCGCGAUCUACGGCAUACCUCUCACAAACCGAAUGGACACGCCCUCAUUGGGUUCGUCUAGAUGAGAUGCUUCAACUCCGCCGGCGCGAUCCCUUGCGGUUCAAGCAGGAGAUCCCUCUCCCAACUAACAGCCGCCGUCGCCCCCUCGCCUCACUUCUCGGCAAGGAGGUCGCGGCCCAAGGCGCUAGUAUCGUCCUGGAGCCGUGGCACCUGGAGGUUGUCGAGGCGUUCCGGCUCGAAGUCGGUGGGUGGGACGAGCGGGCCCUGGCAAAACGGGUCUUCGCGUUGAUCGUUGGCGAGGAAAGGAGAAGGAAUGGGAAGACUGCUGGGUCUAGGAGGACGGAAAGCGGCGUUGCUACUUGAGAAAGAAGGGGGACGUAAUUCAUUUGCUAUUACUACGAAUUAGCUGGGAAGAAUUACCUACAUCUUCCAAGGACAAAGCGUAUGCUUCUACUGCU